AUGCGGGCAAUCGACGCGUUCCUCGCCGCUUUAUUAGUCGUUCCAGCGACCUGCAAAUAUAUUGUCCCUGGGGGUAGAUGGCACGACACAAAAGGGUCAAUUAUAAACGCGCAUGGGGCUGGAAUCACCUUCGAUCAAAAUUCUGGCCGAUUUUGGUGGUUCGGCGAAUACAAAACAGAAGAUCGGCCAGAAGGCGGAGGCGUGUCGGUUUAUAGUUCUGACGAUUUGGGUACCUGGACCUGGGAAAGAUUGGCUUUGGCUCCGGUUGAGGGACAUCCUUAUAUAUCGCCUGAGAAUAUAAUCCAGCGACCAAAAGUGGCCUACAGUACAGAGACUGAUGAUUAUCAUAUGUGGUGGCAUGCCGACAACUCCUCCUAUGGACUUCUCCUCCAAGGCCAUGCAGUCUCAUCCACGAUUGGCGGGCCAUACAAAUUUGUCGAUGCAACGGCACCUCUUGGUAAUUGGUCCCAGGACUUUGGAAUGUUCACAGAUUAUAAAAACGAGCAAACAUAUGCCCUUUACUCUAACGGAGACAGUGUGGAAGGCCGGGAUGUUUACAUUUCAAGUUUCGACAAAAAUCUUACUUCCCUCGAAAAAUCUGUGUAUCGGUUCCCGAAGUUUGAUCUGGAAGCACCUACAAUCAUGCAAACGGAGAAGAGUUACUGGGCACUUAUGAGUCAUAAGACAGGUUACAGACCAAAUAAUGUGGUGGCAUUCCGAGCCGACUCGCUGAGUGGACCGUGGUCUCAACCAUUUAUUGUCUCUCCGCUCAACACCAGAACUUUUAACUCGCAGUCCGGUUUCACUCUCAGGAUAAAAGGAACCAAGAAGACGACUUACCUCUAUAUCGGAGAUCAAUGGGACUCAAACUCUGUCUGGGAUAGCCGGUACAUAUGGCUGCCAAUUGAGGUCAAUGAGAAGCAGAAGUCGCUGGAACUCAAUUGGCAUGAUGUUUAUGAUCUUGAUGUUAAAACUGGUGAAUGGUCUCCUGUCAAGGGAAAGUCAUAUAGUGUACAAAAUGCGAAAACUUCGGGAGGUGCAUAUAAGCAGGAAGCUAAUUUUGCUACCGAUGGGGUCAUUCUCACCGGAAUUUACGGAAACGAUAGUACCAUUACUUUUGAGAACAUUGAGGGAUCAGGGAAACCCCAAUGGGUAUCCUUUUACUACCAAACCGGAGGAACGCCUGACAGAAUCGGCGGUUCAUGGCAGCUACGCCGGAUCAGCAGCGUUGUCGUUAACGGGGAUGUGUCAAGCAUGCAAACACUAUACCAGAGAGAUACACACAAGGGAAUCAUUCUAUCGACACCCUUGCAGCUGAAACUGAAGAAAGGAAAAGCAAACACCAUUACGGUUGGCGGUCUCUUUAAUGGAUUUGAUUAUAAAGGUGCGGAUUUGGAUCGGAUAGUGGUAUAUCCUGCCGAGCAUUAG